AUGGCACAAUCCACUCCUCGAGUUUGGUUGAUCACCGGGUCUUCCACUGGGUUCGGCAGGGCGAUGGUCGAAGAGGUCCUGCGUAAUGGCGAGAUUGCCGUUGCAACUCUGCGCAAGCCCUCCGUCCUUGAUGAUCUUGCAGCCAAAUAUCCGCGCACUCAGCUCCUAGUACUCCCCCUGGACGUGACGAACGAAGCGCAGGUAAAAUCUGCCUUCGCACAAGCCAAGGAUGCCUUUGGGCGCGUCGACGUCGUAUAUAACAACGCCGCGCAGGCGGUUUUUCAGGAGGUGGAGGGGACGUCGUUGGACCGUGCCAGGAAACUUAUGGAUAUCAAUUUCUGGGGCGCGGUAAUGGUAAGCUUUGAGGCGGUCAGAUUUUUUAGAGAAGUGAAUCCGAAGGGCGCUGGGGGAAUGCUGGUCCAAGUAUCGAGCAUGGCAGGGACCACCGCAGUCCCGCUGAUCGGGUUCUAUAGCACCACGAAAGCAGCCUUGGAUUCAUUCACCGAUGUCCUGGCACAAGAAGUACUUCCCGCUUGGAACAUUCGUUUCGUGAAUGUUCACCCAGGUUGGACACGCACGCCUAUUGUGGAAUUUCCAUCAAGUGAGAUGCCCGAGCCUCCAGCACCGUAUGCAUCGGAACCAACAGCCGUAACAAUGAAGAUUCGUGCUGGAUUCGAUGCGUUCACCAUAAGUGACGCACUGGCUGACGUUGAGGUUGUGACGAAACGCAUUUGGUCGGUGACGCAGAUGGACGAUGAAUACUUGCGCAAGGGUGUUCAGGAGAGCAUUCCAGGCCUUGUGAACGUGCAUACGGGCAUGGACUCGCUGGAGCGUGUGCAUGCCAAGAUUGGGCGGCUGCAGGGUGAGCUGAUGUGGAAUACGAAGGUUCAUUAUGAGUACUAG